CCAUGUCCGAACCGUCCGCCUCCACUUGGUGUUAGAGCCAGCGCUGGCUUCAGAACCGAGACUUCUUUGAGAAAAAGGAGAAAUGGGUUUUGUUUUGAGAAUUACUGAAAGCCCGGGUGGUGUCGAACCUCAGAAUUAAGGCGUUUGGAGUUGACCAAAACCGAGCUUUUAUUCGGGGCGGGUCCGGGACAGGACCGAACUUUACUUUGGAUCAACCUCAGAACUUUAAACGGCGCUGAAGUUAGCUUCCGGUUCGGUGGUUCAUUAAUGGGCUAUUUCACGAGUUUAAGGAAUCAGGUCUACUUUUGAUUAUCUAGAGUUUUAAUCGAACCGAAUUAUUCUACUGAUCCCUCAGAUUCUUGAAAACAUGGUUUAUGGUUUGGAAACGUUUUCAUUUAUCUGGAAAGACAUUUUUUAGCAAUUAAAUGAGCAUAAACGGAGUUGAGUUUUAAAACCGCAGAGCUGGGACCAGUUGAACAGGGACCAGUCCAGUCCCAGUUAAGCUUAGUGUUGAUCUGCAUUGAUUCUGCUGGCUAUAGCAGCAGUUUAUGAAUGAAGGAAUGAAGAACAACUGGUUGGUUCUGAAUGACUGACGCUGUUAAAGAGGAAAGACAAACCCGGAACAAAACAGUUUCAGAGAUGCACGGUGUGGACCUGGUCCGGGCGUACGACCGGGUUCUGGAGCAGCAGAUCCUGGGUCAGGGGUCGUGCCAGGCCUGUCAGGACGAGAUGUUGAGGUCAGAGGUCGAGGGCCUCCUGGCGACCUCCGACCCCCGGGAGCUGCACGGCCUGGGCCUGGAGCCGCUGCGGCUGAUGGAGGAGGUUCUGGAGGCCCGGUGCGGUCCGGGUCUGCGUGGCCUGGCCCGGACCUUCGAGGUUCUGGAGCAGGCGGCGUUGAACCUGUACCUGGGCCCCUGGAGGGAGGAGUACCGGGUGAUCAAGAUGUACUCCGGUACCUUCACCCACUGCGUCGCUCCGGUACUUUCGGCGCCGCAGACCGAGGAAGUGUUCGGCCUGCUGGGGUACCGGCCCGGCCCGGCCCAGACCCGGUUGUUGCGCCUGCAGCCUGCUGGCGGCGUGGCGGCGCCGCGGGAGCUGCUGCGCCUGGCCUGCGCCUUCUUCCUGGCCCGCUGCGAGUGUCGCCUCCUGCUGGCCGCCCUGGGAAAGCGUGGCGGCGCCCGCUGGGAGCUAGGCGUGGUGCGGGAGCGGCGGAAAGGCCAGCGGCUGCAGGUUGCUAUUGACAACGCUGAGCGGCUGCUGUCUGUCCUGGAGGACGCAGAGGGAGAGUUGGACCUGUACCGGGACGACAGCACGGCGCCCCCGGGUGGCCAGCGGCGCAGCAACGGGCCGGUGGCGGCGCCCCGCAGCAGGAGGUUUGGUCCGGUCGUUCCCCCGCCGCUGGAGGCAGAGAGAGGGCGACCCCACGACCUCUGCGGCUGUCUCCGUGCCGCAGAGGUCAUGGAGACUCCGCUUAGUCUCCAGCGCUGCCUGGACUGCGGUGUCCUCCAUGACAUCACUUGCGUCCACCUGACCGACUGCAGCCUGCAGCGCCACCAGGUGGAGCCGGCGAGCGGCGUCCCAGAGACGGGGCCGGAGACAGGGGAGGAGCGUCCCCGAGACGCCGUCCCCGAGGACACGGCCACCUGCGGUGACACCGCCGCCUCUCAGCCAAUCAGCUACCACUGUGAAGCGGCCAGCGCCAACCCCCACCUGCUGUGCCUCACCUGCAGAGCCGUCCACGGCGCCGCCUGUGUGGAGGGCAAGCUGUGCCGCUUGGCCCACCGGACCCGCUGCCUGGGGACGUGUUCCUGCGGGAAGUCCUGCUGCGGGACGCCGCGUGUCCUGUGCCUCUACUGCGGCGACGAGUUCUGCAGGGACUGCUGGUACAAGAACCCGCUGACCUGCGUCUGCGGACGCAGCUUCCACCUGUCCACCGACCUGUCCACCUCCGUCUGAGGACUUCCUGCUCUUCGGGCUCAAUGAGCCGAACCUCAGUGCCUGAGAGAGCAACACGUUGCAAGUUCACUUUGUUGCAGCAAACAGGAAGGGCGGGACGGACCGCUGUCAGUCCCAUAGCUUAUUUGGAAACGGGACCAUUGCACUCCGGAAGUGAAGGGGGCUCUAUUACCUAUAUUAUCCACGGUCUCCCAUUUUUAUUUUCCUUUGAAAUCUGUGAUAUAUCUUCACUUUUAGGAAGGAUUUUCAUUCUCAGCUUGUAUUUGAACUUCUAUCUUUUAUUUUCUUCAGUGCAGCUCACAGUUUUUAACAAGUUCUGUAGCUUCUGUGAACUUCUAAAUCUGCUCCUUAGUCGCAUCUUUUCGGGCCUGAUACUGCCUCUAGUGGCGUGGGGUGGUAACACAACUAAUAAAAUUACAUUACUAAAUCAGAAUACCACAGGGGAGCGGACCUUGAUGCUCCUACUGCCUUUUUUUGAGUAUUUUUUUUAAAUCUGUGCGUCAGGAGGCCUGCUUGUGCUUCUCAACAGUAUUUAGCUAAAAAUAAUUUAGCAAAAUGAAUGAGUCUGGCUGUUCAGAGGCCGGGCUCAUGGAGGGGGCGGAUCUACGCCUCUAUCAAAUUAUGGGCAAGAAUAUUUUUUUUUCCAACAUGCAUUUGUUUGUGAAUAAAACCGUACGUCUGAUGUUGAAAUUAGAAAAAUCGUUUCUAUUUAUUUUGCUAAUUGUUCUCUAAUAGCAGAAAAACUGACGACGCCCCCAAAUACAGAGAAAACAUCUGGCUUCAAUUUCAUCUUUCUGCCCCACAGCUGGGCUAAAUGGGCUGGAGGUGAGCGUCCAGCAGAGAGCAGCUCUUCAUGCAGGGCCGGCCCAAGGCGAUCAGGGCCUCAAGCAGAACCUGACGGACCGGAUCCGAUGUUGACCGGAUCCUACCAGCACAGAGAACCAGGGUCCAGCUCUGCGUUGCCCGGGGCCGGCUGGCGCUAGUCGUUGUGCUCCUGCCAGUUGAUGUUGACGAAGGUUCUGGAGUCCAUGCGGUCCAGGAACAGAACUCCGUCCAGGUGGUCCAUCUCGUGCUGCAGGAUCCGGGCCGGCCAGCCGCUCGCCUGCCAGGUCCGCUGAUGCUGAAGCUACCUGAGCUACAAAUAUCUCAGUUCUGGAAGGAGAAGCCAGGACAGAGGAGAGGCGCUCCCUGUGAUCACUUCCUGGUCUACCACGCAUGCGCAGCACGAUUCACUUCACAAUAAAAGCCUAUAUUUGGACCAAGGUUCUCAAACUGUGGCUCCUGUUCUGUUCCUGCCGGUCAUGGUUCUCAAAGGAAAUGUUGGUGUCAACUAAUCA